AUGGACGUGCACCUAAUAAAGAAAUGCAUGGCACAAAUGGUAAUUCUUGCUGGGCCUGGGGUUCUAAUGUCAACAUUCUUGAUUGGGUUAGCUUUGAAGCUGCUUUUCCCAUAUAACUGGAGCUGGAAAAUAUCAUUGCUGCUUGGAGGACUUUUAAGUGCUACUGAUCCUGUUGCUGUGCUUGCUACCUUAAAAGAACUUGGUGCAACCAAAAAACUGAGUACUAUUAUUGAAGGGGAAUCAAUAAUGAAUGAUGGAAUGGGAAUGGUUGUGUAUACACUUUUUUUCCGAAUGGUAACUGGAUCAAGCUUCAGCUGGGGGAGUGUGAUCAUGUUCUUAGCAACUGCAUCUCUUGGAGCUGUAGGAAUGGGUAUUGCAUUUGGUUUGGUGUCUUAUUUGUGGCUUGGAUUUGUUUUCAAAGAUCCAGUGAUAGAAAUUACAAUGACUCUUUCUGUUAGCUAUCUUGCUUACUUCAUGUCUCAAGAAGUUGCUGAUAUUUCUGGAGUAUUAACAGUGAUGGCAUUCGGAAUGUUCUUUGCUGCUGUUGCUAGAACUGCUUUCGAUAGUGAAACACAUGAAAUCUUGCGUAAUUUGUGGGAAAUGGUGGCAUAUAUUGCAAAUACACUUAUCUUCAUCUUGUGUGGAGCAAUCAUAGCUGAAGGUAUACUCACAGGUGACAACAUCCUCAAACAUGAAGAAAAUUAUUGGGGGUAUCUCAUCCUCCUCUAUGUAGUAGUACAGCUGUCACGGGGUAUAGUGGUUGGAUUAUUUUAUCCCUUUUUGAGUUAUUUUGGUUAUGGUUUAGAUUGGAAAGAAGCUAUUGUCCUUAUGUGGUCUGGUUUAAGAGGCCCUGUGGCAUUGUCUCUAGCUUUAUCAGUUAAGCAAUCUAGUGACACAUCAGCAUACAUUAAUCAAGAAACAGGAACACUCUUUGUGGUGUUCACUGGUGGAAUUGUGUUUCUAACACUUAUUGUAAACGGAUCAACUACUCAGUUUGUGUUACAGAUGCUAAAAAUGGAUAAGAUGUCAGCUGCUAAGAGGCGUAUACUGGAUUACACCAAAUAUGAAAUAAUGCGCAAAUCACUGGAGGCAUUCAGUGAUCUAAUGGAUGAUGAGGAAUUAGGAUCUGUAGAUUGGCAUAGUGUCAAGAAUUACAUCACAUGUUUGAAUGAUGAAAAAGAAGGGGAAUGUGAGAAUGAUAACAUUGUGGACCACAUGGAUCUAUCUGAAUCUGAUAUACAGAUACGUAUACGCUUCUUAAAUGGUGUGCAAGAUGCUUAUUGUGUGAUGCUGAAGGAAGGUGAAAAGUUGGAAUCUGCAUGUUACAUAUCUGCUGCCUUUCUUCGUGCCCAUAAGAUUGCUAGACAGCAAUUACAUGACUUUAUAGGUGAUAGUGAAAAUGGUUUGGCUUUGAAAGUAAUUAAUGAGAGUGAGACAGAAGGAGAGGAAGCAAAAAAGUUCCUGGAAGAUGUUCGCAUCACUUUCCCACAGGUUUUAGGUGUUUUAAAAACAAGGCAAAUGACAUAUUCAGUGCUAAAUCAUCUAAAUGAAUACGUUGAAGAUCUUGACAAGUCUGGAUUGUUAGAGAAGGCGGAUUUGGCUCAUCUCCAUGAUUCCAUUCAGAGUGACUUGAAGAAACUUGUGCGAAAUCCUUGUUUAUUUAAGAUCCCCAAAGCAUAUGAACAUGCGAAUCCUUCUUUUGGGAGCCCUUCCAUCCACAUUGCAUGAGCAAAUUGUGGGGUCCACGUCUACCAAUGAAACUACGUGGUUGUGGCCUUUUAUGAGGAGGGAUCCAAGCGGUAGGCAGUUAAUAUUAGUGAGCAUUUGUUUUUUUCCCCACCCAAAAAGGUGGGUCAGUCUCAAAUGUAAAUGCUCUCCUUAGUCCUUACCCUCAUCAUCAAAAUUCAAAAAUAGCCCUAAAAAGUUUGUUCAGUUGUAGCCUUAAUAUGUUAUAUGG